AUGGCAUCUGACAGCGACAAUGAAAUGGAUAAUUUGGUCGAAGUACCCGAAAAAAAGAAAAAAGAUAAAUUGAAGAAGAAAAAACGAAAGUUGGAAAAUGGAGGCGAAACACCUACAGCAAGUAAGAAACAGGCGAAGAAACGAAAAUUAGAGGAACAAAAAGAUGAAGAUGAAGGUGAAAGUAAAUCAGAAACUGAAUAUCAGGAAGAAAAAGUCGAAACAACUGGUGCUUAUAUCCCGUCAGGUGGACAUUUGACAUCCGUUAGUUUCGACUCGUUGAGCGAACGUGGUGUUUCGGAUUUAACUAUUAAAGCAAUUCAGGAAAUGAAAUUAACCACAAUGACAGAAAUUCAAGCAAAAUCCAUCGGACCAUUGCUUGAAGGACGAGAUUUACUGGCGUCUGCUAAGACAGGCUCGGGUAAAACAUUAGCUUUUCUCAUUCCCGUGGUCGAAUUGAUGUAUAAGCUAAAAUUCAUGCCUCGAAAUGGUACUGGUGCAAUCAUCAUUUCACCAACACGUGAAUUAGCUAUGCAGACCUACUCCGUGUUGAAAGAAUUAUUAGCUCAUCACCAUCAUACGUAUGGAUUAAUUAUGGGUGGAACCGGACGACAAGAUGAAGUCAAACGACUUACUAAAGGUGUGAACAUCGUCGUAGCAACACCGGGUCGUUUACUCGAUCAUCUUCAAAAUACUAAAGAUUUUAUGUAUAAAAACUUACAAUGCUUAGUUAUUGAUGAAGCUGAUCGAAUUUUAGACAUCGGUUUCGAGGAAGAAAUGAAACAAAUUAUUCAACUAUUACCAAAACGCCGACAAACGAUGUUGUUUUCGGCUACACAAACUCGCCGAACUGAAGAUUUAGCAAAAAUUUCGCUGAAAAAAGAACCGUUAUAUGUAGGUGUGGAUGAUACAAGUGACCAGGCCACUGUUGAAGGACUCGAACAAGGUUAUGUGGUCGUUCCGCAAGAGAAACGAUUUCUACUCUUAUUCACCUUUUUGAAAAAGAACCAAAAGAAAAAAAUGAUGGUCUUCUUCUCAUCAUGUAUGGCAGUAAAAUACUACAAUGAAUUAUUGAACUACAUCGACAUACCUGUUCUAAGCAUUCACGGAAAACAAAAACAAGCCAAACGAACACAUACAUUUUUCGAGUUCUGUAACGCUGAAACGGGAAUUUUGCUAUGUACCGAUGUCGCAGCACGUGGCUUGGAUAUUCCAGCGGUUGACUGGAUCGUGCAAUUCGAUCCUCCCGAUGAUCCAAAAGAAUACAUUCAUCGUGUUGGCCGAACAGCACGUGCUGGUGCCAACGGUCAUGCGUUACUUAUUCUAACACCUCAAGAACUCGGCUUUCUUCUUUAUCUCAAACAAGCUCGUGUAACUUUGAGCGAAUUUGAAUUUGCAUGGAAUAAGAUCGCCGAUAUUCAACCUCAAUUGGAAAAAUUGAUUGAGAAGAACUACUUUCUUCAUCUCAGUGCUAAGGAAGCAUACAAAGCAUACGUCCGAGCAUAUGCCAGUCAUAGUAUGAAGAAUGUCUAUGAUGUGGAGAAACUAGACUUGGUCAAAGUUGCGUACAGUUUCGGCUUUCAUGUUCCACCGGUUGUUGAUAUCGGUGUUUAUCAAAGUAAAAAAGGCUCAAAAUCAAAGUCGAAGAAUGGAUUCGUUCGGCCAAAACAAGAACGAAAGAUAAAGAUCUUCAAGAACUUGAGCAAUGAAAAAGAGAAGAAGAAGUUCACAAGAUAA